UGAGACUUAUUAGAGUCGAGAGUAGCCGCAGCGAGAGUAGUGGAUAAAGCGGGAGUGAUAGCAUCAAGUAGUUCUGGUGCAAAAAAAGGAUCACCCUCUCGUGUUGACAUAUCAUUGUAACAUACGUGUACACACGUACUCAUACCAGACGGAAAUUGCCAGUUGGUUUUUGUUGUCACUCGAGUGUGCGUGUCGGCUGCCUCAUUUCUUAUUUUCCACCCAAUCUUUUCGUUUUUCACGUCUUCCUCAACAAGACAAAAUUACCUCCUACCCCUCCCCUCCCCCCCGGAAAGCCAGGGAAAUUCGCCUGUCUCACUCACACGCGAAAAACAUCAAGUUAACCAACUACCCACCCUCGUCCCUUCGUUCAGUCACCUCUUGUAAACCCACCCCCUCCCCAACCUCUCUUUACACUAGUAUUUUUUCCUUUCUCUCUCUCUCUCUCUCUCUCUCUCUCUCUCUCUCUCUCUCUCUCUCUCUCUCUCUCUCUCUCUCUCUCUCUCUCUUUCGCUCUCUCUCUCUCUCUCGCUCUCUUUGAGAAUGUAAUACCAACCACGAAAAAUAAUAUCAUGAGAACGCUCUCCUUAUCAUUUGGCAACACACACGUACAAGUAUUUGUUACACAUACAUAGGUAAAAAGCCCAUUUACCAUCCCCCUCUAAGCCACCUGUCCAGGGCUGACUAGUAGACGACCCGAGCAUUCAUGGCGCCGGGCUCAAGUCUCACGAUCGAUUUCGCGUGUACAUGUUUGAACGUUGGAAAAAACAAGAAUACAGUAGUUCCAACCAGCGUCAGAAGUUGAGGUGAAAGCCUAAGCGUCAGUUACGAGGGGAAAAAAAUCAAAUCAGCUCGCGGAUUAAAAAGAAAUUUGGCGAAGAGAAGAGCCCUCUCAUCUGGGUCAUCGGUAAUAGUUCAUAGAGUCCUCUUGUCCAUGCUCCUUCACGUUGGAUGAAUGCCAAGGCAUCGUGUGAGGUGACGCGACAUUCGAGGGUCGUUUGAGGGUCAGCUUGGAGGUGGUCAAGUAGGGGAAAAUACCGCUGACCAAUUGAUAUAUUUCGACACCUGGGUUACUGGAAAUCAGUACAAAUCAUGAGACACACUCUGCUUGGAUUUCUGCUGAUAGCUAUGAUAUGUGGCUCCAAAGCUGAAGCGAGUUACGUCUGUCUUGAGGACAAUCCUGAUCUCCAGCCUUGCAAUUUUGAAAGGAUGCAGAGGGCUCCUGUCAGGGGUGAUUUGGAGAAAAAAACGAGGAUUAGUAAUGGUGCUGUGAUGGAAAGUCUGUAUCAGGCUCCCGAUGGUACUGUUGUCAUUUAUAAACUCGAGGGCUGUGUUCCUAGAAGAUUGCCAUUCACAUUGCCAAUAUGCAAGACUGAAGACACUGUUGGCCGUGUUGUGGAGGUCAGAAGGCUUUUUCCAUUCGUCAUCUCCGGUGACCCGCCUACGGCGCCACUCAUUUUUCCGGAAGUCGAAGCCGCACAGCUGUAUAAAUCCACAGGGGUUCUUCAGGAGAAGAUGUAUAAUCCUGUGAUUAGCAGACAAGACUUGAACCUCGACAAGGAGACUUCAACCAAGGUUUCUCGUAGGAAGAAGAAAUUAAAUUUGGAAAAUUUGAAGAAAAAUCGCAAACACGAGAAAACAAUGGACGCCGAGAUGAUGGAAACGAUGGGCGUUUCAUCGAUCCUUCCUUCCCUCUUCAAGUCUAAACAUUACAGGAGGAGGAAUGACAUCGACUCUAGUGAGGGAUUGAAGAAAUCUACAAGGAGUGGUCGUCAAUUUUUCGAGGCCUCUCUUCCAGAGUACGAGUUCCCAUAUGCUCGGGCGAUUCCUUACGAUCUCGUGCAGAUCAGACGGCUCCUCCAUCUACCAAAGGACUCACUGGGGACUGAUGAGUAUACAAGACACGGGGGUGAAUUCCCCUAUUCUCAAGCCAUUCCCUUCGACCCUGAGAAGCACAAAAAUCUUCUCCACGAAUCGGAGGAGAGGCGUCAUCAUCCAGUGGAAGUACCAAAAUACUUUCCGUACGAUGAAGCUAUUCCCUAUGACCCACUGAAACUCGAGCAGUUGCUCAUGUGGGUCAAGAACCGCGAGGACUUGCCAGAAUCGAAGAUGUGGAAAAGGGAAGUGAUAAACGAGGGUGAUGAGUUCCCUUACAACAAAGCAAUACCCUACAAUCACUGGAAAGUAUCGGAAUUCAGAAGGCGACUUGAGGCACGAUCACCGGGUCAUGUUAAAGAAUAAAAAGAAUAUGGAAAACAUAAUUUUGAACUGAAGUUUUACGGCAGUUUGAAGGAUAAAAAGAAUAAUCAAGUCAAUUUUAUGGACUUCAAAUCGAGAGAUAAAAGAGGAAAAAUAAUUUAUGAAUUAUCUUACUGAAGGCUCGGAAAAUUCCUCUCGAUGUUUGGCGUGUUGCCGAGAAAUAUUGUGAUACGUAUACGUAAGGCAUGUCUACUAUUUUUUUUAUUAUAGUCAAUUCUUUGUGAUUACACACGAAUAAUCACAUUGACAAGAGACAAGUGCUUCUCUCUGUUAAAUAUAAGGAUAUAGUAAAUUCUUUGUAGUAUAUUAAUGAAUAUUAGUAGGUCAAAGGCUCAUGUAACCACUGCAAAUAGUUUAUUUCCAUAUAAUCAUGUCGAAUCACAGAAAAAAAAAGCUCUCUAUACGCACUCUCAUCAUUAUUUGCUAGAAAAACAUUGUGAAUUAUGCGAAGGCAAUAAAGCAUAUUACAAGUUUGA